CGCGAAAACGUGCAAACCGAACUGAGUCUCGAUGAGGUUACGGGUAAACCGUAUCAUGAACAGAAAGAUUAACAACUCCGUGUCCGCGUUGAGAAUUAAUUAAAGAACAUUAGUCAGUGUUGGAACAUAGCGUGAGACCUCCAAUUGCAUAACGAUAUAACGUAAAGGCUGUUAAAAAAAUCAACGUACGCGGUAACAAUCGGGGAAAGAAAUCACGCGAGCUCCUUUAACAGUCAAGAGAAGAACGAAGAAGUGUGUGUGUGUGUCGAAAAAAAGGGAGCAAUAAAUAUUUAGUUGACGGCGUCAUCUUAAAAAAAGGUAUCUCGAGAAGCUGGAAAAGAAAACGAUGUCUCAUAACGGUGUCGAGACAAAAUCACCCCAAGAAACGAUGCAAAAUCAAAACGGAUUACACGAAGAAAAAGUGAAUGCGGAGCACGAGGAGUAUCAAUAUUUGCGCCUUAUUGAGAAAAUUAUUAAAACCGGAGCAAAAAAGGGCAAUCGCACCAACGUCGAUACCUACUCGAUGUUCGGAGCGCAAAUGCGAUUCGGUUUACGAGACGGUGUCUUUCCACUGUUAACAACAAAGAAGGUUUUCUGGCGAGCAGUAGUUGAGGAGCUGUUGUGGUUCAUCAAAGGAUCAACAAAUUCCAAAGAACUGUCAGACAAAGGCGUGCACAUCUGGGACGAAAAUGGCUCGCGAAGCUUCUUGGAUAGUUGUGGCUUCACCGACAGGGAUGAGGGUGACUUGGGACCUGUCUAUGGUUUCCAAUGGAGACACUUUGGUGCUGAGUAUAAAGAUAUGCACGCAGAUUAUAAGAGGCAAGGAAUAGAUCAACUUAAAGAAGUUAUUGACAAACUGAAGCAUUCCCCGGAGGACAGACGUAUCAUAAUGUCCGCCUGGAACCCAAUUGAUAUCCCAAAAAUGGCAUUGCCACCGUGCCACGCCCUAGUCCAGUUUUACGUAAGCGAUGGGGAAUUGUCCGCGCAACUUUACCAAAGAAGCGCAGAUAUGGGUCUAGGAGUGCCGUUCAACAUAGCGUCGUACUCUUUACUGACUUACAUGAUCGCUCACGUUACCGGCUUGAAGCCAGGAGAAUUUGUACAUACAAUGGGAGACUGUCACGUCUACGUCAAUCACGUAAGCGCUCUCGAGGAACAGGUAAAACGCGAGCCACGAGAAUUCCCGAAAUUAAACAUUGUUAGACAGGUUAAAGAUAUCGAUGACUUCAUUGCCGAGGAUUUCGAAUUGACAGAUUAUAAACCGUAUCCCAAAAUCUAUAUGAAAAUGGCUGUCUGAGUGCUCUGUGUCUCUUAACUGAAUUUCUUCGUACAAUUUCAUUUUCGAAAGAAAAAUCGAUGCCUAGAAAAAAAUGUGCAUUUUACUCUCAUAGUUUCAUUAUUCGUGAUUAGUCAUACAUCAAUUUCUCCGUUUAGUACAUUUAAACUAACAAAUUAACAUACUAACUCUAGAUGAAUCAGUAUUCGCAAUCAGUAUUCAUUUACGCAAUUAACUCGCCGAGUGAACACGUUUUUCUGGCAGCUCUCCGGUAAAUACGUUGGUCUGUUUUCCUCAUUUUAAAGGAUUUUAAAAAGUCUGGAAAAAUUCAUGAAGCAUCCGUCUAUCGUUGUAGUUGAUGAUAUCAUUUACUACUUUUUUUUUAGACGAGAGAGUCAGAUACGCCGGUUUGACAGUUACGAGGAUGUUAUGUUGGUCGGGAUGCCACAGACCCACGUGUUCACUCGAAAGAUUAAUAUUCAUGUAUGCAAUCAGUAUUCACAGUCCAAGCGAUACUUUCAAUAACGGUAUUUCUUUCUCGAUUUAAGAGAGAGGCAUAAAAAAAUUAUUUCUAAUAGCUCAAUUUAUUUUUUUUUGGGUUGGUGAUAAAAGUGACGAAUAUAUUUUUUAUGUUGUAAUUUUCUAACUAAUUUUAGAAUCUUAGCUAGACUUUUACUUUCUAAUAAAAAUUAUAUUUUUAAUAAACCUGUACCUUAAUUA